CUUCACACUGAACAGUGCUGCCAGCAGCCUCCUCAUCAUAUCGCAAGUUAGGCGGGAUUAUUUGAAAGAUGCCAUGGCUGUUUUAAAAGGAUUGCUUGACAGUGGCUUGUUGCCUGCUAGACCAGCAGUUAUUGCGCUCACUCAGACUCUGGCAGAAAAAGGAGAUUUGAAGAAACUGCAAGCACUUAAAAACAUGCUGGAAGGCGUCACAAAAUCAAUUGGAGUGUCUGCCUCACUAAUUGCUAAUGCUAUUGCAUUGGCUCUUACUAAGAACAAUGACCUUGAUGCUGCUGUGGAGUACCUUGAGCCUCUGCUUAUCUCUGGUGCACAGAAUCCUGAUGGAGCUGUCAGAAAUAUUUCCUAUUUGUUAAGAAAAGUGUCUGAGGAAGGAUUAGAACCAGCUUUGGAAAAAUUUGGUGUGAUGGCAGAACGACUGGCCAGUCAGUUUGGAAUUUACAGACCUGUCACAGAUCUUUUCCUUCAAUAUGUCAGUGCAGACAGAGUGGAUGAUGCCAGAUCGCUGAUACAG